AAAAAUGAAAAGAAUAGUUGGUGGGUAUUUGAAGGAAAACCAGGUUACUUGCUGUGUAGCCAACAAUUACAAUUGACAAGCGUUUAAAUGAAAUAAAAUGUAAACCCUCCCUUCCUCUUCAUCGUAGAAGGAAAGAAAUUCAUAAAACAGAAGAUUAACUGGAAUGUGCGCGGGUAAAACUCUUCCGUCUCUGUUUCCAAGUGGAUAGGAACGAAUCCUCUCCGCUGCCAUAGUAACGGGGGAUUUAUCAUGGUGUGAGACACGGAGGAACUGCAGGGUUGAGGUAGGCGGGAGGGAAGAAAAGAGAAGUUAAGUUUACAGAAGAAUGGCGAGCAGGCGGAUUACUCAGGAGACUUUUGAUUCUGUGGUGCAAGAAAAUAUAACUGAGUUUCAAAUGGACCCAGAAGAGGCUCUGAGUGAAGCGAUACAACAGUUUGAGUCACAAGGUGUUGAUCUCAUCAAUAUAGUGAAGGCUGUCCGGAAUUCAACUACAGAAGCCAGUGGUCAGAAGCACAUUGUUCUGCAGGCCCUUGAUGAGCUUCGUAGCGCCCUGGAUCUCAUGGCUGUGGAUGAAAUGGGGGAUCACCUGACUAACUUCAGUGAGCAAUGCAGCCUCGACUUUGCUCACCGUCAUCUGGCAGCCGAAAAGUCGGCCUAUCCCACAGUCCUUUCUUCCUGUAAACAGCUGAUGUCAAAUGUACCCUAUCUGCUGAAGGGAAUCCAGGCCUUGGGCAAUCUGUUGGACGGUCAACCGGAUCUCCUCGACCAGGAGGGCCAACAGCUCCUCCUGGAGAUCUUGCGGCAGCACCGGGACCAUGCAGCCCUGAACGCAAUGACCAUUCGCACCAUCCGUCACAGCUGUCUGAAACAUGAGCAGAACCGCCAAGACCUGGUGCAACUUGGGGUCUUGGCAUUGCUGACUGGUGCUAUUGUGAACCAUGGUAAUCAGGCAGAUGUGAUCAGAGAGGCGGGGAGAGCCCUGAGGGUCAUGACCUAUGAUGACGAUAUCAGAGUGCCCUUUGGGCGUGCUCACGAUCACGCCAAACUGAUAGUUAUGGAGAACGAUGGACUUCGGAUAAUCAUUGAAGCCGCAAAAGGUAGGGGACAGAACUGUGUUGGGGAGCUCUAUCCUAAUGUGGUAAUAUUGUUGAUGACAUGCAAAAGUUGAAAGAUUAUAACCAUCAGCAAAGGUUGAACUGACUGGGGCUUUUUUCCCAAAGAAAGCAAAGUUUGAGUGGUGGCCUCAUACAAGUCUUUAAAAUAAUGGAAGGAGAUUAUGGGAUAAGAUCAUGAUAGGUUGUUUCCAGUUGUUGGGGAGACCAGAAUUGGGGUACUGUAAUUAAAUCCAAUCAGAACUUUGGGAGAAAAGUCUUUAUCUAGAGAGUGGUAAGGUUGGGGAACUUAUACAGUCAUAAUGUCAUAGAGAUGUACAGCAUGGAAACAGACCCUUCGGUCCAACCCAUCCAUGCCGACCA